UCCCCUUCUUUUAAUAAAAUACUCGUACCACGAGCACUAGACAGUAUUUAUACCGGCGAUCGCGAUUAUUUGCGCGCUAGUUUCUAGUAACUACAAAUAAUAAAAUGUUCGGUGUACUAAUUACUAUUUUAGUUUUUCAGAGCUUCUGUACUCACGCCCAAAUCUUCAGCUCGCCAUGGAAUUACAAAUGUACUAAUGGACAGUGCGUUAAAUUCGAAAAAAUUAAAAACGAGUCGAUAUCUUCUUUGGAAGCUUGUCAACUUAUUUGCGGCGAUGGCGGAUUGUGGCCCAAACCAACAGGCCCUUAUUAUAUCGGCAACUCUUUGGUUAACUUGAAUCCUAGUAAAAUAAAAUUACAUAUGAUCAACUCGACUUCAGUUGCCGGAGUUCUGCUUAAGCGCAAAGUCAACGCGCUCAAGAUAAACCUCAAGAAAUUGGUCCGAAACCCGCGAAGACUCGGGGGGUUGGGUCUUGAUAUAUAUAUCAAAGGAUUGAUAAAUUCCAGCGACGUGACUCUUAGGCUAAGUACCAAAGAAAAUUAUAAAUUGAAAAUAAAUAAGCGCAGAAGUUCAGUGAGCGUAAUAAUAAGAGGGGAAAAUUACUUUGGAGUCCGGAAUGCCCUGGAGACUUUGUCCCAGCUGAUAGUUUUCAAUGACUUUGUUGAUAAAAUUCAAAUAGCGACGAAUGCUUCUAUAAUUGACGGUCCAGUUUACCCCUAUCGCGGAAUUUUACUGGAUACGAGUCGUAAUUAUAUCAGCAAAGAAGAAAUAUUAAAGACUAUUGAAGCCAUGGGAAUGUCGAAACUUAAUACAUUCCAUUGGCAUUUGUCAGACUCACAGAGUUUCCCUUACGUCAGUCGAUCCCGGCCGAAUAUGUCCAGAUACGGAGCCUAUUCGUCGAAAAAAAUCUACACUGAUAAAGAUAUCAAGGAGAUCAUUAACUUUGGGAUUUAUCAGGGCGUCCGUGUGAUUCCGGAGCUGGAUGCCCCGGCACACGUUGGCGAGGGCUGGCAAUGGGUCGGCGAUGAUGCUCUGGCUUGUUUUCGGGCCGAGCCUUGGCCGUCAUACUGCCAGGAACCACCUUGUGGUCAAUUGAAUCCCGCUAGCGACAGAGUCUAUGAAGUACUGGAAAGUCUUUACAAAGAUUUGAUGGACGACUUCAAGCCGGUGAUCUUUCACAUGGGCGGGGACGAAGUGAACAUCAACUGCUGGAACUCAUCGGAGUCUAUUAGAAAAUUUGUCAGCAAAAAAGGAUGGAGUUUAGACGCAUCUGGUUUUGUAAAACUUUGGAAUUUAUUCCAACAGCGCGCGUAUGAUAAAUUAAAAUUGGCUGGUGGUGGGGAAGAAGUCAAAGCUGUUUUGUGGACGAGUAAACUCACUGAUGAAAAUAAUAUUGAAUAUUUGGACCCUGAUAAAUAUAUAAUUCAAAUAUGGACGGCAGUUUAUGAUCAAACGAUCCGCAGACUUUUGCAGAAUGACUUUCAAGUCAUUUUUUCAAACUACGACGCGCUUUAUCUCGACUGCGGCUUCGGAGCUUGGAUUGGCGAAGGGUCCAACUGGUGUUCGCCUUACAAAGGAUGGAAAAGAAUUUACGAAAACUCUCCUCUGAAAAUCGUUGAGAAUCACGGGGUUGAAAAUAAAAAACAUCUGAUUCUUGGUGGAGAAGCUGCGCUGUGGACGGAACAAGUUGACAGUACUUCAGUAGAUUCACGUCUGUGGCCCAGAUCAGCAGCUCUGGCCGAAAGAUUGUGGGCGGAGCCAUCAUCAUCAUGGAAAAACGCAGAAUCCCGCAUGCUCCGUCAUCGCGAACGUUUAGUAAACCGCGGAAUUUUAGCUGAUAGUUUGGAACCCGAAUGGUGCAGACAAAAUCCAGGGAACUGCACUUAGAAUUUUAAAAAAUCUACACAUUUAAUUUAUUUUUUCACAAAAAAAUUGACCGAUAAUUUCGAUAUCAAUAAUAAAAAAAUAGUCCGGUAAAAAAAAAAAUCAUUACGCGCCUAAACUUUUCAAAGACGUCCACAAUUAAUUGGUCUUAUCUGUUAUUAAUUAAUUUUAAUGAGUUUAUUUUUUCUAGUUUGACGUAGAUCAUUAACUUCUGAGAAAUAAUUGACGCUGGUAGUUUAAUUUAUCAGUAAAUUACGUGACAUAUACCCACGUUAAAUCAAUCCCCCCAAGUUAAUAAUAAUUAGUUUAAAACCAGGUUUUAUUUAAACAAGUCUUCACUCAACAGUCCGAGUUUAACUGCUGCGUAUUAACGAUACUAGUAAUUAAUUAUAAAUAUUUAAGAUGGCGAGCAAGUGUUAUAUAUUUGAAAUACUAUUUGUGUGCAUACUGUUACAAGUAUUCAAAACUGCGACGUCAUCAUCACGAGUUUUAUAUACAACUACACUUCCGAAGGAUAAUCAAGAAGUCCAAUACUUCACUAAGGAGGCUUUGAAAACACUUCCGGCGUAUCGAAAAAGUAAAAGGGAGAUGAUAGUUUUUAAAACCUUCGACACAUUCUUGGGUCUCACUUCUGAUGAAAGGCAGUAUGAAAUUUUUGUUAUAUAUAAAACAACUGGGUGCCCGAAAGGAAAAUUAAGCGAUUCUUGCUUGGAAAAAAGAUCCGGAGUUCGAAAACAGUACUGCAGAAUUAAAGUUUUUACGAAAGCUGCUGAACCUAUUACGUCUAGAUGUAGCAGCCAAAUGGAUUUAUAUUUCUAUGAUAAAUUAUUUGUUCGCCCUGAAGAAUAAAUUUUUACUGACUGUAAUUAUCUCGCACUACAUUGUCAAUAAUAAGAUACUACUUUGUCUUCGAUGCAUGUCUUGAAAUUUCUUUAUCAAGGAGAUUUUCGUCUGAGAAGAGUUGAAAUAAUUAUUGGAUUGAAAACGAGUUUUUAAAAUUUUAUUUUAUCUUGAAAGCUGAAAGUGUCGAGUAUAAAAAUUUAUAGAAAGGAUUGAAAAGUCGAAUUUUUUGUUUUCCAGAAAAUUAUUAAAACUCAGCAGAAAUUUUCAUGAAAGCAAAAAAAAUCUUUUUCGGUAACUUAAUAAUAGACUUAAUUUUAUUAGAUUUAUCAGAAUUUUUGAAAAAAUUUUUUUCAUUUUCAUGAAAAUUUUCUGUCAAUUUAAUAAUUUUUCUGGAAAAUGAGAUUUCCAAAAUUUUUAUCCUGACUUCUCAGAAGUUAUAAAUUUAGUAAAAUUUUGGGUUUUCCAAAAAAUUAUCAAAAGUUGAGUAGAAAAUUUUCAUGACAGUAAAAAAAUAUU